AUGCCUUUCUUCUGGGGACUCACAAGUAAAAAUCUUUUUUCCUCUGCCUCUGCUGUAAGGCGGAAGAAAGAGAAGGAUUGUUAUUUGAAGAAUGGAAGUUGUGUGCUUGAGGAGCUUCUUGCUUUAUGCGACGGAAAUUGCAGAAUUCCCAUCCGUUACUUCACUGCCAUAGAGAUUGACAAUGCAAUAAAACACUCUAAAACCAAAAUGGACCUUACCGAUAUAUCUAUGGUUACGGGAUUGCUAGGCAACCGCCCCGUUUUAAUUAGGCUCAACAGCGGUAGGCUCUUCGCUAUCCAUCGAGAUAUAGCGAUUACUGCUCAGAUGAGUCAUCUCAAGAAUGUGUUGAGACUUGUCGGUUGCUGUCUAGAAUUUGAAGAACCAGUUAUGGUGUAUGAAUAUGUUGAAGCUAUAUCUCUUAGCGAUCUACUUUUCAAAAAGGAUAAUCUUAAUAGAAAAUCGCUAUGUUGGGGAAAUCGAUUACGAGUUGCACGUGAUGUCGCUUCGGCAAUCGUUUUCCUCCAUACUGAAUUUUCUACGCCCAUCAUCCAUAGAAAUAUAAAGCCAUCUAAAGUGAUAAUAGAUGACAAGAGCGGCGUUGCCAAAAUAGUGGACUUCUCACUCUCCAUAUCAUUACCUCCAGGAGAAUUGGAGUUGCAAGAUGAUCGUGUGAGUGGAACAAUUGGGUAUGUAGAUCCAGAAUAUCUCCAGCAGUGUAUUAUUACUCAAAAAACUGAUGUCUACAGCUUUGGGAUUCUUCUCUAUCAGCUAUUAACCGGAAAGGAGAUGUGGGAUAUUAUGUACACAGCAGAAUCAAUAUGUUCAAAAGAGAGAAUAGAUUUUGAAGAAGACGUUAAAUCCAAUACUGAAGAGGGUAAUUCUACGGAUAGAUUGAAUUCUACGAAUUCAAAAGAGACAACAGAGUUUAAAAAUCUUCCAAACAAGUUUUGUUACAUUGUCGAUUAUUAUAUUAAAGAGAGUAAUGCAAUGGAUAUAGCAGAUCCUAUCAUUUUAGAAGAACAUGGUAUUGAGAUUCAACAACAGUUGGAAGACUACUUGGAUCUUGUUAAGAAAUGCACAACUUUGAAAGGAGAUGAUAGACCAUACAUUAUUCAAGUCGCAAGGGAAUUAGGCCGAAUUGAAAAGUGUUUCCGUGCCCUAUCCCUUGGUCAAAAUUAA